CUAGACAGUCCACAGUUCACACACACAUUCAAAAAUCUAAAUGUCAUAAGACAAGACAUGGCUGUCUAAUAAAUUAAUCAUUUAAAUAACAUUUACGAUUCUGUACUUUAUGUUUUAUAGUAUAAAUUAGUGUUAUUAUUAUGCUCGAAAUAAAUAAAUAAUUAUAAAUAAAUAGAAUGUCUACCAGUAGUGAUUCGGAUGAAUUUUAUGAUGCCGAAGACAUUACACCUUCCCGUAUUUCCUCCAGGGUUGAUUCACACGAUCUCAAGUCAAAAAGUGUCAAGCAUUUAAUUCGUUCAGGAUCGGAGCCUUGCAUAUCAAUAGGAACAUUCUCAACAGGCCAACACAACCAAGUUACAAAUAAAACUGCAUUCAAUAAAAUAUCACAGAAUGAUGAAAAUCCAACAAGCUCUUCAGAAAUACGACAGACGAGGAGAAAAUUACGAGAAAUACGAAAAAAAAUGGAAACGGAUGAUGAAGACGGUAACGAUGGUAAUAUAUCACCUGCAGAUAGUCAAACAUCAUCAAUUGAAGGCAUAUAUGCUAAUAGUGGUACUAUUCAAGGUCAAAGUUCAAGAACUACUCAUCCAUUUAGAAUUGUUGAACAAGAUGCUGUUAGUUUACAAAGUAUGAACUCACUUGGUCGAGUUGGACGAAUUUUAAGUGGAAACACAAACAUAAUGAAUGCAAAUCGAAAUAACAAUCAAUCAAUGUCUACCAUUUCUCAGAGUUCAAAAGACUCUACAUCAGAGUCAAAUAAAGAUAUGUCACAAUAUCCAAGCACUUUAACAUUAUCAGCAGAAGUAUUAUCGAAAAUUGAAAACAAUGAUGAUAGUAAUAAAGAUGUGAUAUCAAGAGUUGCAAGUUUACCAUUACAAGAACCAGAUGUGGUGGCAAGUGCUAAAACAUCAACAAGUGCAAAUAAUUCAUUAAAACGAGAUGUGAAUACUGAUAAAAAUCCAUCAAUGCCAUGUCCAAUAGCACCACCUAGACGAAAGAAAAAAACUAAAAUGGAUAGCACACAACAUACAUCAACAACGCAAGGACCAUCUCAAGGAAAUUUAUAUGCAUCCGAAUCAGUUUCACCAUUAGCUAGUCCAGCCAGUACCAUAGAAUCUUUAACACGUGAAUUUGAACAUUCUUUGGAUAAAACUCACUAUCGACAUAGUUCGCUAGAUGGUGAUAAUCAAACGAAAGCGGGUAAAAUAUGUCGAGCAUUACGAAGAGAAUUUGAACAUUCAUUGGAUAUUAAAUCAGCUUUACAAGGCCAGUUUGUUGUAAAACCUCAAGAUGAAGAUAAAUCAAGAGCAGAUGGACCAUCAUCAUCAUCCCAAAGCCAAACAACCAAGGAAGAUAGUAUAACUACAUUAAAAAAGGAAUUAUUAGAUUCUCGUUUUAAAUAUAAACAUAAUGUUAAUUCUGUUAGCAGUAAUAAUAUUGGACAUUCCAGUUUAGGACCACACAGAUUAAUAUCGAAUUCAAGAGGAUCGAAACAAAGAAGACGUUCAGCAGGUGAUGAAGAUAUGAUAAAACAACUAAAUAUGUUUGUACGUAUGCGUAGUGAUUCUGGUAAACCGUUAACCGAUAUGGAAAUUCUUGAACAAGUGACUGUUUUAAAUUUGGAUACUGGAGAACGAGUGCCAUUAAGUGUUGCAGAAGAUAAGUUACCUCAAUGUAUAAAUCCAUUAUCUUUACAUAUAAUGCGUUUAACAUCUGAAUAUGUUAGUACUACAAGUUUAGACAAAGAAAAAGAAUCAGAUGAAGAAAGUGUUGAGAGCAAGCAAGCUAUAUUACCACAAGAAGAAAUCGAAUUAAGCCGAAUGAAGAAAGGUACUGCAAAAUUAAGAAGAAUUUUAGGAUCAACUGUAAAGAAAACAAUGCAUAAAGCUAAGUCAAUUGCUCAUGAAGUAUCACAUGCAAGACAUAAAGAAGAUGUUAUGGAUAUUGUAGACGAAGUAAAUCCUGGGGAACAAAAUAUUAAAUUAAAAGCGUCUAAUUCGCAUAAAGGACCUUAUGAAUUCGAAAAUACUCAGCAUGUUCAAGAAUUGAGUGCAGCCUGUUCUGAUGAUGAUGGAUCACCAGGCCAUGUUGGACCUAUUUGGUGUAUGAAAUUUAGUACUUGUGGCCAUUUACUAGCUACUGCUGGUCAGGAUAGAAUUUUAAGAGUUUGGGUUGUUAAAGAAGCGUUCGCACAUUUUCAGGCAAUGAGAAACAAAUAUAAUGCUGAAAAAGUUUCACCAUCACCAUCACAAGAAUCAUUGGCUUCACAUCAUAAAGAAGAAUCAAGAAAUUUUAUAACAGAUGAUUCCAAUGAAGAAGAGAAAAAUCGUCAUAUAUUUAUGGAAAAACCAUUUUGUACAUAUACUGGUCAUACAUCUGAUUUAUUAGAUGUAUCUUGGUCCAAAAAUUAUUUUGUUUUAUCAUCAUCAAUGGAUAAAACUGUACGUUUAUGGCAUAUUACAAGAAAUGAAUGUUUAUGCUGUUUUCAACAUAUUGAUUUUGUUACCGCUAUUGUUUUCCAUCCAAGAGACGAUCGAUACUUUUUAAGUGGUUCUUUGGAUGGCAAAUUACGAUUAUGGAAUAUACCAGAUAAAAAGGUAGCUGUAUGGAAUGAAGUAGAUGGCCAAACAAAAUUAAUAACAGCCGCAAAUUUUUGUCAAAAUGGUAAAUUUGCUGUGGUUGGAUCGUAUGACGGACGAUGUAUUUUUUAUACGACGGAUCAAUUAAAAUAUCAUACACAAAUUAAUGUUCGAUCAACACGCGGUAGAAAUUCUACGGGUCGAAAAAUCAGUGGCAUAGAACCAAUGCCAGGUGAAGAUAAAAUAUUAGUAACAUCAAAUGAUAGUCGAAUACGACUCUAUGAUUUACGAGAUUUAAGUUUAUCGUGUAAAUAUAAAGGUUAUGUUAAUGUUAGUAGUCAAAUUAAAGCGAAUUUUAGUCACGAUGGAAAGUAUAUUGUUAGUGGUUCUGAAAAUCGUGAUAUUUAUGUAUGGAAAACAAAUCAUGAUUAUUCGAAAUUCUCAUCUGUUCGAAGAGAUCGAAAUGAUUUUUGGGAAGCAAUUAAAGCACAUAAUGCGGUUGUUACUUGUGCUGUAUUCGCACCAAAUCCUGAUAGUAUUAUUAAGAUGAUCGAACGAACUGGUGAUAAUCGAGGACCUUCUGAAGAACAGGAACAAGAUCCAGUUGUUGAACAACAUACAAAAGGAUGUGGUGGACAUGUAUUGGUUAGUGCAGAUUUUAAUGGUUGUAUAAAAGUUUUUAUAAAUAAAAUGAAACCAAAACAUAGUUCUUUACCAGCAUCAGCUCUUGCCUAAUACAACAACAAUAUCAACAUCAACAUGUGUUUUUUGAUAAAAGUUAUUUGGGAACAUAU